UGGAAGUUCUCUACGUGUGCUUAUGCUCAGAGUAACAAAUGGUACAUUUUGUUUAAUCAUUUUAUAAAUUUUUUAAAUACCUUAAAAACUGAAACUGAGGCCAUGGCAAGGCAGAGGUGGGGGAGACGAAUAGAAUUCUUUUUGACAACGAUUGGAUUUUCUGUCGGUGUCGGAGAUUUAUGGCGUUUUCCAUUUUUGGUGAUGAAAAAUGGUGGAGGUGCGUUCCUCAUCCCAAUCGUUAUAUUCAAUAUACUGGGUGCAAUGCCUGUCGUAUAUCUAGAGAUGAUAAUGGGGCAGUACUCGCAGAGUGGAGCCGUGUCCGUGUGGAGAGUCUGUCCUAUAUUUAAAGACGUCGGAUACGGUACCGUGAUAGCAACGUUCCUUUUCUCCAUCUACUACGCCGUUAUCAUUGGGUGGAUGCUGUUGUACUUCGUCUAUUCCCUCUUCCCGAAGCUCCCCUGGGCGUCCUGCGACAACGAGUGGAACAUCCGGGAGACGUGCAUCGUUGAUCGCGUGGCUGCUGCGACAAGUAACGUCACCGCCAAUACGUCGCCCGCGAAUGUUACGUCAGUGCUAACGACGUUAGCGCCGACAUUUUCCACCGUGUUGAAUAAUGCGACAUUCAGUUAUGAUGUGACAUUGGGAAAGAGCGAAACAGCGGCUGAACAGUUCUUUAAGUACAAGGCUCUGAUGUUGUCUGAGGGUCUCGAAGUGUUGGGUGGAGUCAACUGGCCUAUGUUUGGUUGUCUCGUCGCCAUAGAAGCACUGUGCUUCUUCUGUAUUUUCAAGGGCGUCAAAUUGUCCGGCAAGGUUGUGUACUUUACGGUACUCGGACCUUUCGUGAUGCUGUUUAUAUUUUUGGUCCGUGGCUCGAUCCUACCAGGAGCGGUAGACGGCAUAAAAUACUACAUAACGCCCGACCUGAGAAAACUCAAAGAUACAAAAAUCUGGGCGGAGGCAUGUAUGCAAGUAUUCAGGUCGAUAGGGCCUGGAUUUGGAGCGAUGAUCACGUUUGCAAGCUAUAACAAAUUAAACAACAACUGUGCCAGGGACGCGGUACUGGUGUGUCUGAUGGACUUGCUCACGGGCUUUACGGGAGGUUUCGUUAUCUUCUCUGUUCUCGGUCACGUGGCUUAUAGGUCGGGGCUGAAAAUAUCGGACUUUCAACAAUCAGGGUUCAGUCUAGGGUUCAUCGCCUAUCCCGAGGCUGCCAAUUAUCUGCCUCCCCCUCAACUGUGGUCCGCACUGUUCUUCUUCAUGUCUGUCUUCCUCGGAAUUGAUUCGCAGUUUCCCAACUACGAGAUUGUGGUAACAGCACUGAAGGACGAGUUCCCAAGGCUUUUCCAGGGCAAGUCCACCGUGAUGACACUAGGUGUGAUCAUGUGCGCGUUCCUCCUCGCUAUACCUAUGGUAACAGAGGGUGGAUUUUACCUACUGACGCUAGUAGACUGGUACGCGGCCACUUUCUCCGUGACGAUAUUCGCUCUCAUUGAAGUGCUUGUCAUGUCCUUUAUAUACGGUGUUCGCAACAUUGAUCAAAAUGUGUUUGAGAUGACCGGGCAACGCGUACCGAUUAUUUUCAAGUUCUGCUGGUAUUGCCUGACACCUCUCCUUCUUCUGGUGACCCUGGGAUUUACAGUGUACACAUACACCCCUCCGGCUUACAAAGGUUAUGUCUACAAGCCCUGGGCGGUCGGGUUGGGAUGGGUCAUAGCGGCCACCUCGCUGGUUCCAAUACCAGUGUGCGCAAUAUACGCGUUGUACACGACACCCGGGACACUACUGGAGAAGCUACAAGUAAACCUACGACCAAACGAACUGUGGGGACCUCCAGCUGACGUGCGCGAGGCGGAAUCCAAGCAUGCGCAGGAUCGACUUCCGGCGAAUGAAAAAUCAACAAUAACAACGCCUGCAUUCAAUACUCGUUUAUAAAUACUAUUGACCAGUAUCUAUUACCUUAUAUUAGGCUACGGUGAAAUGUUCUGGGAAGAGUCAAUCUACAUCAAACGGUUCACACGUUUUAUAUUUGCUGUUGCUCAUAAGAAAUGAAUAAUUUAAUUGGAAGAUAUGUAACUUUUUAGUCACCUCUGAUAACUUCAGGUCAGUCAUCUCUUGUUGAUAGAUUGUAAGCAGUCGUGAUUUUAUUUUUACAUUCCUCGUUGUAAAUCAUAUAUUCAGCGCCGGGUAAUACAGUUACAUCUCGAUAUAUGCUAGAUAGUGCCAGUGUAGUGAUAGUAGUGUAGUUUAUGUCGACGUUGUUCUUACUCUGUUCAAGGCUUAACCACCUCGUUAAUUUUGUGCAAGAGCCUCACACAAUUUACGGAGUCUCCAAACAACUCUGCGCGCCUUAGAUACGAACAUUCGUUGUUAUUUUGCAAAGCAUUAUAACAACUUGGUUAUUAGUGCUUGUACACAACUGAAAAUCGAAAAAUGUUGAUGAACAGUCCAUAGAGAAAUCAAACGAGAGAGUAAGGGACAAAUGACAGUGUAAUAUCCUAAUUAACUCUUUCAGUGCUGGAACCGAAUUUUGAAGGCUUUUGCAAACAGUUUGGAUCCAGAUGAGACGCCUUUUUUUAAAGACAUCCAAAAACAUGCAUAUUGUUAGAGCUUGUUUUUAAUAACAAGGGGAGCCACACAAUAUCGUUAAUAAACAUCAGGAACAAGAGGUUCGCCCCGUUGAUUUACGUGCUUUCCAGGAGCAGAGUAAAGAGACAGGUACAUUAAGGCAAAUACUCGUGAAGAAAACUAAACCUCACCGUAUUUUCAAUUUAUUAGCCUUAAUUAAAAUUAAUAAAUCAUAUAUCAUCUGAAACUACUUAAUUAUGCGAUAGAACCUGUAAUAUAUGCGAUUGUUUAUAAUAUGUUCAAGCAGUUUUUGGACAAUGUACUGUACUUGACAUAUGUUAGUCGUAAAAAAGACAUGGACACAUUAAAUUCUUCAGAUUUAUCAAAAUUGAUCAACCCUGUCCUUUUCGAAACGA